AUGGCUCUCACAUGCAAGUAUAACUCUUUGCUCUUCCUCAUCUUUCUAGCCUUUGCCUCACAAUAUUCACACGGACGCAGCAGCAGCACGCACCGGUGCCUCAACGAUCAGGCAGCAUCACUGCUGCAGCUGCAGAAGGAUGUCCUCAGCCACAACUCCUCCACUGUCACGUCUGAUGAUAACUCAUCGAUGAAGGUGACAAAAUGGGACAACGAAACCGACUGCUGCUCCUACAGCAGCCUCUCAGGUGACAUCGAUGCCAUAUUCAAUCUUCGCCACCUCCAGCGUCUCAAUCUGGCUGGCAACAACUUCCAGCUUACUCCAAUUCCUUCAGGUUUCGAGAGGCUCUCGAACUUAACUCACCUGAAUCUCUCCUUUUCCUGCUUCUCUGAUCAAGUUCCAGCCGGGAUUUCCAGUUUAGUGAGGCUUGAAUCCCUUGAUCUCUCCACGGUCUUCUUCUGUGAGCUGCCCCCGACUUUCAAUGAUCCGGACUACAACCACAUAUUUGCUUUUGAGGAGAAACGUAGGCUGAGGCUCGAGAAACCAAAUCUUGAGUCCUUUGUUAGAAACAUGAGCGCACUAACAGAGCUCAACCUUGAUUAUGUUGAUCUUUCAGCUCAAGGCUCGAGCUGGUCUCAAGCGCUGUCUGUGCUUCCUAACCUCAAAUUCUUGAGUUUGUCAAACUGCAAGCUCUCGGGUCCCAUCCACACCUAUUUUCAAAAUCUCAAGUCUUUAAACACUCUCAAGCUUCACAGCAACAAUCUCUCCUCUGAGGUGCCCCAUUUUCUAGUCAGUUUUUGGGAUUUGCGAGUGUUGAAUCUCGCUUCAACCCAACUUUAUGGGAACUUUUCUCCCAAUGUUUUCCUGCUACCAAGAUUAGAAGCCAUUGAUGUGAGCAGAAAUCCUUCCCUUUCAGAUUUGCUUCUCUACACCUGCAACUUUUCCGGUCUGAUCCCACCAUCAUUUGCAAACCUCACCAGUGCAACUGAAGUAGACAUAAGCUUUAAUAGCAUCGAGGGCCCAAUCCCGAGUUUCAGGUCUAGCAGUCUCCAAAAACUUCAACACCCCCGUUUAUCUUUCAAUCGCCUCACUGGCUCCAUUGAUCCUCAUACUUUCACACUUCCAUCCCUGAAAGUUCUGUACUUGAACGAUAACCGUUUGUGUGGAGAACUGGGGGAAUUUUCAUCCUCCUCUUCAGUACUAGAGAAGGUGUAUCUGAAUGGCAACAAUCUGAUUGGUGAAAUACCAACGUCAAUGAGUGAGAUAACAAGUCUCACUUAUCUUUCACUUGCCAGUAACAGAUUCACCGGCUCCGUGAAGCUGGAGGCUUUCAAGCAUCUCAGCAACUUAACGAGCCUCGACCUUUCUUUCAAUAGCUUAAACAUCAAAAACGAUGAUCCAGAUUUGAUAUUUCCAAGCCUGGAUGAACUAAAGUUGAGCAGAUGCAACUUGACGGAGUUCCCAAUUUUCCUCAAGAAACAGGAACAGCUGAGGACUCUGAAUCUUUCAAACAACCGAAUCCAAGGGCAUAUUCCUGACUGGUUGUGGACUGGCUAUCUAAAUGAGCUGGAUCUUUCAGACAACGAGGUUGACUUUCCGAGGGAAUCUAGUCAAGUAAACACCACAUUUUCUCUAUCAUUAGGUAUACUGGCGAUGAGAUCCUGCUCUGUUUUCAAGUUUCCGAAGUUUCUGCAGCUGCUAGAUGGCCUAUGGUACCUCGACCUCUCCCGAAACAAAAUAAAGGGACAAGUACCCAACUGGAUUUGGAAGAGCACACUUCAAUACGUCCUCCUUUCACGUAACAGUCUUGAAUCUAUGGAAGAGUUCCUCCCCAAUGUCUCCUUGACUUCAUUGACGACCCUUGAUCUUCGAAGCAAUCUGCUUCAGGGAUCACUUCCGAGUGGGAUCUGCAAUAUGAGCAGCCUCUCCAUUCUUGAUGCUUCUCAGAAUCACCUAAGUGGAUUGAUCCCCGAAUGUCUAGGCUUGAUGUCCAACCUAACUGUCUUAAACCUGCAGGGGAACAAAUACCGGAAAAUCCCACCGGAGUUUGCAUUAGCCAGCAGCCUGAGGUCUCUGAAUAUCAACAACAAUCUCUUGGAAGGGAAACUGCCGCGGUCAUUAGAAAACUGCAAAAUGCUCGAGGUGUUGGAUCUUGGGAAAAACAUGAUCACAGAUGUGUUUCCCUUCUGGUUAGAGAAACUUCCCAACUUGAGAGUUCUGGUCUUGAGGAACAACAAUCUCCACGGUCAAAUACAACUUCCAAGGAGAAAUUUCUCUCUCCCGAAACUGGGGAUAAUCGACCUAUCCUUCAACCAGUUCACUGGAGAUUUGCCAGGAGAAUUCAUCAGCAGCCUGGAUGAGAUGCUGAUGAACAGAGAAAUCAAGUCAGCAAACCUGAAAACGAUAGGGCAAUAUAAGUACUAUCAAGAUUCAGUGACAAUCACGAGUAAAGGAAAACAGAUGGUGCUUGUGCGGAUACUGACCAUUUUCGUAUCUCUUGAUUUGUCCAACAACAGGUUCCAUUGCAAGAUCCCCGGCGAGAUUGGGAACCUGAAAUCACUGGUUGUCCUCAACUUGUCAAGAAAUGGUUUUGAUGGAAGAAUCCCUUCAUCGCUUGGGGACUUGGUAGAGCUUGAGUCCUUAGAAGGCUUGUACCAAAAGGAUACCAGUUCAAUACCUACACAAAUGACUCAUAUCUCGGGAACACUGGAUUGUGUGGAGAGCCACUGUCAAGAAGUUGCUCGGAGCCUACUGGAUCCGCGCUGCAACCUCCAUCACAGGGUGACGAGUCAAGAAAAGAGAGCUUAUUUGAUUGGAGAUUCGCAGGAUCAGAUUUCCAAUAUCAUGAAGGCCGUUUGCAACUCAAAAAGAAGAUCAGAAGACGAGAAAGGUCAUUAA